CCAAGAUUGAACUUUGCUCCCUGUGUCAGUUUGAGUCCCACCUGCUGCUCCAGGAAAUGUAGGUCUGAUCAACAGCACACCCCACGGCAGGAGCCGUCACACAAAGGUUUUGUCCUGUGUGUUGUUUUCCCAACCAAGUACGGUGGACAACUUGAUAUUUCUUUCUUCUGUAGUUUGACUCUCUUAAUCAGCGUGACAGCACUGAAAUGAUUGCUUCCUGGAAAAUAUGGUUUGGUCUUAUGUCCAUUUGUUUGCUACAAUACAGAGUGGUGUCACAGAAGUUUCAGCUGGAGCCUCAGAACUCAACAGUGCUGCAAGGCUCUGAUGUCCAGUUUAAAGCCACCAUUCAAGAAGACUGGAAGGUCACAACCUGGCAUAUUGGAGCGCUUCAAGCCCUCACGGUCAUCAACGUUCCAGAAAGCAUACUCCCAGCCUUUGACAGAUUUUCUGGCAGAUUCUGCUCCAAUGGCACCAAAAGUUGUGUGGAGUUCACCAUCCACAAUGUCACCCGGACAGAUGAAGGGGAAGUCACAUGUACUGUACAAGGUCAUCCACCACAGAAAGCCCAGCUUUAUGUACAAGAGAGUGGUACAGUCAGAAUCUUGGGUGAGAAUGUGACAGUGCUGCAGGAUGAGCAGGUAGAAUUUGAAUGUGUAACAGCAGCUUGGUUCCCUGCACCAACCAUCAGCUGGACCCAAAACAAUCAGACUGUGGACAGCAGCGUCUACAACAACACCAGUAUAAACAAUGGAGAUUUCUUCAACUCCACCAGUAUUCUCAAGCUCAAGGCAGCCGGCAACACAAGAGUGGACUGUUUGGCUACUGUUUCAGCAUUAGCAACCCCAAAAACCAGCUCUGUUUAUGUGGUGGUUGUUCCAAAACCCGCAGACUGGACAGUGCUGAUAGCUGUAGUCGCAUCAUUUGGAAGUUGUGCUUUGCUGGUUUUACUCAUCCUCGGAAUCCUCUUCUGCUACAAACACAGGAAAGAAAAAGAACAAAAUUACCAAGAUGAAAUGAGGAGAGUGCGAACACCGAGCCAAUUAAGUGUUGUCAGUGCAGUUGAACAGAUACCAGGUCAGGUGAAUAAUUCCUACGAGCCAGAGUAUCAGAAUAACACCACAAAUGUUGGUGUGGAACCAGGCUUUGUGAAACACAGACAUGUCACCAUUGUGUGAAGACACACAGAGGAUGGAGAGCUCUAUAGAUGUUUGACAGUCAUUUGGAAGGAACUUUAGAAUUAACAGCAACUUAAAGUUUUUCUGCUAUUUUGUCCAUAUUCUCGAUAAGAUAAACGUUUAAGAGCAAAGACUGGCCUACUGUAUGUUUAAAGGAUAAUUUGUAUUUUGUUAAGCACGGCUGUUAAAUUAUUAUCAGUGACUUUGUUGAAAAACAACGAAAUCCCCAGAGUGGAGGAAGGCUAACAGCAAGUAAGAUAGCCACCUGUUUUAGCUGCUUUUAGUUGAGAAAACAGAAACAAAACUUAAAAGUGCAUUGUGACGUGUAGACCUCUACUAUCUGC